GAGUUGGAGCAAAGCAAACACCCUUUCCCCUUUCCCCUUUCCCCUUUCUUUCUUCUAUAAAAACCCACAUCUCCCCUUCUUUCCUUUACACCCACACUCCCAUAACCAACAACAAACAAACCAUCUCAUUUCUCCCUCUUCUUUCUCUCUCUAUAAAAUUAUUUACGAAUUAACAAAAUUCAUUACCGUUUAGCUAUAGCCAUGCCUGAGGCACCAAAAGAAACAUAUGAUCACCCAAAAAAACCCAUGGAAGUUUACAACAUGUAUGAACAAAACAAGAAAUCUCUUGAGUUCAUUGAGGAAGUUACCGAAAAUGCUGAUCAACUUCAAAAGAGAGUUCUCUUUGAAAUCUUAACUCGAAACUCCAACGUUGAGUACCUUCAGAGGCAUGGCCUUAAUGGUGCUACUGAUAGGGAUACGUUCAAGAAACUCAUCCCUGUUAUUAAGUAUGAAGAUAUUCAAUCCGAUAUUACUCGUAUUGCCAAUGGGGAUAAAUCUCCCAUCCUCUGCUCCCAUCCCAUCUCCGAGUUCCUUACUAGCUCUGGAACAUCUGGAGGAGAGAGAAAAUUGAUGCCUACAAUUGAAGAGGAGUUAGACAGGAGGUGCAUGUUAUACAGCUUACUAAUGCCAGUUAUGAGUCAAUUUGUGCCUGGCUUAGACAAAGGCAAAGGGAUGUAUUUCUUGUUCAUAAAAUCUGAGGCUAAGACUCCGGGCGGGAUCUUGGCCCGACCCGUUUUAACCAGCUACUACAAAAGCUCACAUUUCAAAAACCGACCUUUCGACUCUUACACCAAUUAUACUAGUCCUAAUGAAGCUAUCUUAUGCUCUGAUUCCUACCAGUCCAUGUACGCCCAACUCCUCUGUGGCCUAUUCGAACACAACGAGGUUCUUCGGGUCGGGGCAGUUUUUGCCUCCGGGUUUAUCCGGGCCAUUAAAUUCCUCGAAAAACAUUGGACCCUCUUGGCCCAUGACAUCCGGGUCGGGUCACUCAACCCGCAGAUCACUGACCCGUCCGUUAGGGAUGCAGUGAUGCGGGUCCUGAAACCCGACCCUAAGUUAGCGGACUUUAUCGAGUUCGAAUGUAGCAAGAAGUCAUGGCAAGGGAUCAUUACUAGGUUGUGGCCUAACACAAAAUAUGUUGAUGUUAUUGUGACAGGGACCAUGGCACAAUAUAUUCCUACCCUUGAUUAUUAUAGCAACGGUUUACCCCUUGUUUGUACCAUGUAUGCCUCUUCUGAAUGUUACUUUGGUGUCAAUCUUAACCCACUCUGCAAGCCAAGCGAAGUUUCCUACACCCUUAUUCCUACCAUGGGUUACUUCGAGUUUUUACCCGUUCAGCGUAACAUCAAUGGCGUUACCAAUUCCAUCUCUAUGCCGAAAUCUCUCACUGAGAAGGAGCAGCAAGACCUCGUCGAGCUCACUGAUGUCAAGCUCGGCCAUGAGUACGAACUUGUCAUUACUACUUAUGCCGGUUUGUACAGAUACAGAGUAGGCGACGUUCUGAGGGUGGCGGGAUUUAAGAACAAGGCACCACAAUUCAACUUCGUGUGCCGCAAGAACGUGGUGUUAAGCAUAGACUCCGACAAGACCGACGAGGUGGAGCUCCAAAACGCGGUCAAGAAUGCCGUAACACACCUACAGCCAUUCGACGCCACCCUACUAGAGUACACUAGCUAUGCUGACCUAUCAACCAUACCAGGCCAUUAUGUACUAUUUUGGGAGCUAAGCCUAAAUGGCUCCACCAUGGUACCGCCUUCGGUUUUUGAGGAUUGCUGCCUAGCCAUCGAGGAGUCCCUUAACAGUGUGUACCGGCAAGGCCGGGUUUCGGACAAGUCCAUCGGACCACUAGAGAUCAAGAUAGUCGAAAACGGAACGUUUGAUAAGCUUAUGGAUUAUGCCAUUAGUUUAGGGGCGUCUAUUAAUCAGUACAAAACUCCUAGGUGUGUUAAGUUUGCACCCAUUGUAGAGUUGCUUAACUCGAGAGUUGUGUCAUCGUACCGUAGUCCGAAAUGUCCAAAAUGGGUCCCAGGUCACAAGCAAUGGUGCAAUGGUAAUGAAGAAAGAUGAGGGGUAAAGAAGUAAUUUCAUUGCUUGAUUGUGGUUGAAUGAAUGUUAAUGGAGGAUAAGAAGAAGAAGAAUGAGCUGUUUUUGUGAUCAUUUUGGGUAGGAGGAUGAUCAAUUCAAGGACCCAUUUUAGAUGGAGUACUAUUCAUCGGUCUAAUUUUAAUUAAUUAGUUUCUUUUUUUAAUCUUUUUUUUUUUUUUUUUUUUUAUCUUAUGUAUGAAUUUGUAGCACUUGUUCAUGAGCAAUGUGUAGGGACAAUGAAAAUGUUUAGGUUUCGUUUGUACAAAAUUAAUUAAUUCCCUCUUUUUCUAAAGGAGGAACGUUUUUUAAUUUCUUUAACUGUCUUGGUGUACUCGUGACUGUAAUUUAUCGCUGCCUGUUAAAAGCGAGUGGGUGUAUGAUAACGAAAUAUAUCCAAUUACGUAUAGCAUUCUUAUGAA